AUGUCCAGCGGCCCUGGAGGAGGAGGAGGCGGGAGCGGGCAGCAGCAGCAACGACAACAACAACAUAACACUAGCAGCACGAGCAACAUCUGCAGCAGCAACAUCGCUGGCACGACAGCAGCCACAGUGAGCAGCAGCAGCAACAGCAGGAGCAACACGCCAGCAACAUCAACAUCAUCGGCUGGCACUGGAACGGCAGCAACAUCAACACUCCAGCGUCGCAUUCUGCGCGGCCAUGCGGCGCAGACAACCAGCGGUGAGCGUGUCCUGCUCAUCAACUACGUGCCACAAUCGGGAGCGGGAUCGGGAGCAACAGCAACCGCAUCCGCUCAAAGCACGUCUCAAUUGCCCACCCGUAAGAUUCUCCAGGCCAGAGCCUCGGCAGCAGCAGCAUCAGCAUCAGCCUCUGGAGGCGGAGGAGAGGGAGCAGCAUCCUCCUCCUCUCCGCCAUCCACGCCAGCUGUCUCGUUUGCCGGACUGGGCUCCGAGGUGACUGUCACAUUGACGCGCACCAAUCAGCGCGCCAGCGUGACCAGUGUCACAGCCGCCGGUCAUAUUGUUAGAAAUCAACAGGCCACCACCUAUCACCAGAGCACGAACACAGUCACCACAGCAUCGACUUCGAGCGGCACGUCGGCGAUUCAUGAGCACAUGGCCACGUCAACGUCGCCGCCGCCACUGGUGUUCACCCAUCAUCCACAUCAUCACCACAGCCAACAGCAGCAGCAGCAAAAUGAGUAUCAUCAAGACCACCAGUUGGUGGAUCACCAUCAGCUGGAUCAAGAGCACAUAAUCAUAGAUCACCACCAGUCGACGGAGGAUGAUCAGUUGAUCGAAUACGACGACGGCGGGACGAUCGAGGAGCAGCAUCAUCAAUUGCAAUUGCAAGAGGAACUUCAUCACCCACAGCAGCAACAGCAACAGCAGCAACAUCAUGACGUUGUCCAUGAGGUGUAUCUCCAGUAAGAGAGAUUAGAGUUAGACACUAGCGAAUAAGUUUUAGCCAUUUUAUAAAUACGUUUGGGACACCCAAAAUGUGUGCAAACAGAAAAUCGAAUUUGACAAGGCUUUAAUUUUGUUGGUUUUUUUAAAAAUUCAGCUGUAUCUCUAAGUUAUUCUCUCCAUAAAUUCCUUUCCCUUAAUUAAAUUGCACACAUUUUGAGAAGUUUCAACUAAAUCGUGUACAUACAUACAGCAAUUCUAUACAUAUUUAAACUUAGAAACAAAAGGAUUUUAAAAUACCCGUUUCAACUUGUAUAUAGAUUUCUGACAAGUAGACAAAAAUAUUUUCCAUUGAAAGUAUUAAUCUUAAAAUUUACAUAUUGAAAAGGACUAAUUUCAAUUAAAUAGUUGUUAGUAAAGAUUAUUUUUGUACUAUACAAAUACCGCUACAACAUACAUGCUAGUUGAGAGAUAACUGCGCAUAUUAAAUAACCAUUGACGAUCCAUAAGUUAUUGUCAGUUGUAGAUCAAAACAAACAGCGUACAGAAACGUAAUCAAUUGUAAAAUAUAUCGACUUCUAUUUAGAAAAACAAAUUUGGCACAUAGUACGUAUGUAUGUUUGAAUCAAAUCCAUUCUGAUUGUUUAUGAACUGUUGAAGCAAAAGGGCCCUUAGGAUUACGAAUGGGAUAGAGCUAUAACAGCCUGUCCUAAAUGAAAAACAUAUUCAUGUAACCCAGUAUUCGGGGCCAAGGCAAUAAAGCGAGCCGGUUUGUGUACUGAAAGUAAAAUUUAAA